AUGGCCCGAGCAGCCGGAAAAAUGUGGGAGAAAUAUUGUCUACGAUCCGUUGGAGACUCCACCCCCACCGUUCUCCCAGUCUUUCUCUACGGGACCGCCUGGAAGAAGGACCGGACGGCCGACUUGGUCUACACUGCGGUCAACGCCGGGUUCCGUGCCAUCGACACUGCAGCACAGCCUCGUCAUUACCAAGAAGAUCUGGUCGGCGAUGGAAUCCGCAAGGCGAUCGCGGAUGGUGUUGUCCACCGAGAGGACCUCUACGUACAAACCAAGUUCAGCCCUAUCUCGGCACAGGACCCAGAUAAUAUGCCGUAUGAUCCAAAAGCAUCGGUAACUGAACAAGUCCAUGCCUCCAUCGAGUCUUCACUGCAUAAUCUUCGUCCUUCCGAGGACCCGAAGACUGCGGAUGAUGCUUAUAUCGACACGGUAGUGAUCCACUCACCACUGCGAACUCUUGACCAGACACUAGAGGCGUGGCUGGCCCUGGAGACCUACGUCCCUCAUCGCAUCCGCAAUCUGGGCAUCUCCAAUUGCUCUCUACCUGUGCUUCGCGCAUUGUUUACCGCUCCCGAGGUGAAGGUGAAGCCGGGCGUGGUGCAGAAUCGAUUCUACGAGGACACGCUGUUCGACACCGAGCUACGGAUAUUCUGUCGCGAGAACCAGAUCAUCUAUCAGAGCUUCUGGACAUUGACGGCAAACCCGGACCUGGUACGGUCUGAGCCUGUCCAGGGACUUGCCACGGGUGCUCAGAUCAGUCCCGCAGCAGCGUUGUAUACCCUUGUGAUGGGACUGGGGUAUAUUGCAGUGUUGAAUGGAACUAAGAAUGAAGGCCGUAUGAAGGAAGAUCUGGCAGCUCCACUUGCCGUUGAAGAGUUUAUCAAGAGGCAUCCGGGCCAGUGGGAGCAGCUUCUCGCGGAAUUUAAGGCGGAGGUUGGCGAUCCUAACUGA